AUGCAGAGAGCUUCCCGUCUGAAGAGGGAGCUGAAGUUGUUAGCCACAGAGCCACCCCCGGGCAUCACUUGCUGGCAAGAUAAGGACCAAAUGGAUGAUCUGCGAGCUCAAAUAUUAGGUGCGGCUGACACACCUUAUGAAAAAGGUGUUUUCAAGCUGGAAGUUAUCAUUCCUGAGAGGUAUCCAUUUGAACCCCCUCAGAUCCGAUUUCUUACUCCAAUCUAUCAUCCAAACAUUGAUUCUGCUGGACGGAUUUGUCUAGAUGUUCUCAAAUUGCCACCAAAAGGUGCCUGGAGACCAUCUCUCAACAUUGCAACCGUGUUGACUUCUAUUCAGUUGCUCAUGUCCGAACCCAACCCUGAUGACCCACUCAUGGCAGACAUAUCCUCCGAAUUUAAAUAUAAUAAGCCAGUCUUCCUCAAGAAUGCCAGGCAGUGGACAGAGAAGCAUGCAAGACAGAAAGAGAAGGCUGAUAAGGAGGAGAUGCCUGGUGAUCUGCCAGAGGCUGGUGACUCAGAAGUAUGCAGCACAACACAGAAAAGGAAAGCCAGGCAGCUGGGAGGCACAGAAAAGAAAUUUUGCCCUGAUGCUUAG